UCUUUAUGAUGCGUUCAAUGGCAAUCGGGAGCUCGGUUCUUUUAGUUCCUGUUUUUAACAUUCCUGUAAGUUAACGGACUUUUAUCACGUCGUAGUCCGACUUUCGAGGUUUAGUGAAUGGAGCAACCAUAUUUGUUUGGUUUUCUCACGCAGGGAGCAGCACAAUAAAACGUCAGUAGCAGCACAUAUGACUGUGCGAGUAUUUAUGUCUGUGAGAAGCUGACGUUCAGCUUAUUAGACUGCAGCCGGAAAUAAGAACUGUCUCAUGAGGUGUGUUCGGUGUAUUGGCUACACAGUCCACAGUCCUCUCUUGCCACUGUGCUGCUUGGUACUGGUCCAGAUAUCCCCUAGGUUUGGCAGCAGUAAUAACUGGGGUCUCGUCCGAGAUUUUGAGUCUCCUGUUGUGAGAGGUUGGCACUGAGACAAUAGGAGACGGUUGAUGAAACUUCAGGAAAGGCUGCAUUGAAUAUAUCAUCCAGUGACCUGAAGCAAUCUGUGAGACGUCAACAUGGCCAACAGCACUCAACGGCAAGCACUGAUAUUCAGCCUCCAGAAAAAGCUUUUUUCUUUGAGGAGAGAUCAACUACAAGUGAUUGCGUCUUUAAUUGAUGAUGGUCCCGCGAAUAACCUUGAUGUUUUAAGUGUUCCAGAACUGUACAACCUGAUUGUUGACUUCAUCAGAAGUGAAAAACUGAGCUCAUUGAAGGAUGAAGGCAUGACCCAGCUGCUUCUCUUGGAUGACCUGAUUAGUGACCUGCUUGCCUCUAAAGAUGGUGCAGCUGGAGAUGACCCAACCACACCUCUAAGAACACAUGAUGCAUCAGGCUCUCCAGCAAGUGCCUCCACUGCUGCAACACCAGCAGAAUCACCUACAGUAAGAGAAAAUGAUCCUCAGAAGCAACAGGACCCACCAGCUCAUGGCUCUGCUGAGAUGGAGGGUCAGAGUCCUGCCGGUUCACCAUCAGGAAAUGGCAAACGAAACUUCUUCUCAGGAAAAUUAUUCCUAGCAGGAUCUGCAGUCUUGGGGGGAAUCGGUGCUGUGGCGCUGGCUCCUGUUGUUCUGGGGGCCGUUGGUUUCACCUCAGCUGGGAUAGCAGCGGGCUCCUACGCUGCAAGCAUGAUGUCUGCUGCUGCUGUCGCCAACGGGGGUGGGGUGGCAGCAGGAAGCCUGGUGGCGAUUCUACAAUCUGUGCUGUUGGUCUCUCAGCGGCCGCCUCUACAGCUGUGGCUGGUGUUGGAGCUGGUGUUGGAGCUGGUGUUGGAGCUGGUGUUGGAGCUGCUGUAGGGCGACUGGCAGGAAAAACAAGCACACCAAAGAGGGAGGAGAGGAAAAAUGAUCAGUUGGGAAAAGAAGAAA